AUGAAAUACCUCCUUAACUUUCUAGAAGGUAUACCCGAUGCACCCAACCUUUCAGAUCCUGGUUUUCAGCAAUUACUCGUCGAUGUCCAAGCUGGAAAAAGCACGAACAAAUCAACGGCAGAUGCUUUCUAUGAUAGUUUAGAAAAAAUAGUUAACGAGCUGAAAAGUUCUCCUGAAUCUAUGGCUUUUCAAAAACCAGUGUCGAAAAGAGAUGCACCAGAUUACUAUGAAGUCAUCAAGAAACCCAUGGAUCUCACCACGAUUUUGCGAAAUGUCAAAUCUAGGAAAUACAAGAAUAAAGGUGAAUUUGCAGCGGACAUCACUCUAAUCUGGACCAAUUGUUACGAGUAUAAUAGUCAAGAGACCCACCCUCUCAGAGCCGCAGCGAGGUAUAUGAAACAAAAGGCAGAUCACCAUCUCGAAUUCUUAAUUGAUAAAAACGAAAAACCUGUUAACCCUUUACACGCUCUACUUCCUCAAGGUAUAAAUGGCUCUCCUGCACCUGGACUUGGGACCUUGACGAGAGGGUCAGGAGAAGGCGUCACAGGUGGAGAUGAAGAUGCUGCGGGGGAGAGUGAUGAUGGUCAAGGUGAAGAUCAGGAUUUUCGCGAUGGCGGGGGGACGAAAGAUGGAGGAACAUCAAAAGGAACAGAGAGUCGAGCUCAGAGGAAUAGAAGAGACACAAGUGUAGCUUCCACCUCGAGACCAAAAGUGAAUGGUGUUUCUCGUCGAAGUCCUCCCGCCUUUCGCCCUCAAUUAAACACUACUCUGGAAGCUGCUCCAGCUUUGAUUCGGACUCCUUACACCAUGACUCAUUUCAUGCCUGUAUCACUAAGUCAACCUGGACCUUCAUUUUCUGAUAAAGGCAAAGCUAAAGAAAUCCUUUAUGGAAAUGCACCUCCAGCUUGGUUCCCGAUGCCAUCCAUGGUAGAUGAUGAAGACAUCAAACUGGAAGGUUAUUGGUGGGGCGCCAUGUCAAAUGAAGAUUCUUUGAUAGGUGGAUUACCUUCUAUACCUCAAAUGGUAGAUCCCACUCCACCAAAGAGGAAAAGAAUCAAAAGAGCUCCUAAACGAGAGAAUUCAAGGAAUGUCUCUGGUAUACAAAAGAAGAAAUCCACAAACACAAAAAGGAUGAUACAUAACUCAGUAGAUAAAUUACAUGAUGCUAGACAAGUCAUUCAUCGUAUACAAGAAUUUCAAAGAAUAGAAUCGGAAGGUGGUUUAUUGCCUUCGAGGGAAUUGGAAACCAAAACAGAGAAAAUGAUCAGAGAAGAAGAAAAGUUAGAAAGGAGAUAUACGAGGAAAAUGGAAAAAGACUUGGCCAGAGAAAGACAGAAGCAAGGUGGGGAAAUAGGUGAAGAGGAAGCUACAUUGGAAUUGAAAAAAGCUUCUGCUGGUUUGUUGGCGCAUGCUGGGUUUGAAGGGGCGAACGAACAGGCGCUAGAUUUGUUCACUCGAGUAGCUGUCGAUCAUAUAUUCAAUAUGGGUCGCACAUUCAGAUUACUCAUUGAUGGUUUCUCAAAUAAGAUGUCCUCGGAGGAGGUCAUACUUCACGCUUUGCAUGAGAACGGACAAAUCGAGACGCAGGAUCUGGAAGCUCACCUGAAAGAUGACAUCGAGCGUGAAAACGUCAAAGUAACUGACAUGCAACGGAAGAUCAGGCAAGCUUUCAAGGAAGUCACCACUGCACCUGUUAUUGAAGAUGAUAUGAUGUUUGCUAAUAAUGGUGAAAUGUUAAUGGACGGUAAUUUCGCGGACGAGCUUGGAGAGGAUUUCCUGGGUCUGAGAGAUCUGGGUAUAGACAAGGAAUUUGGCUUAUCGUCACUCACUGUGCCGUCCUCUUUAUUCUAUGGAAGGAGAAAACGUCUCGCUGCAGCUCAUGGAGAAGGGAAAGAAGAUUUACCAGACUAUCCACCACCGCCGCCCUUCAUUCCACUUAGUCCUGCCACGAUACCGACUCACUUACCGGCACUAUUACACGCUUUCUAUGCUACACGUAUGGAAUCAGGCCUAUCCAUAUCGGAAGAUGAUUUGUUUGAUCCUUCUCAUGCUCAGAUUGGAAGUUUGGGUCAGAUCAUAAUGAAAAACUCAUCUGUACCGAACGUGGCUACUAUAGCCAAGAAGAAAAGAGAAAGGGAGAAGGAAGAUGUAGAUCUAGACGCAAACGACGAGGAAGCGAAACAGAAGAAAGCUGCGAGCAAGAAAUCUGUCCAACCUGGAGUCGGUAAAGGGAAUUGGGUCCGACCGUCGAAAGAAGAGAAAGCUCGUCGUUUAGCCGAAAAAUCAGGUCCGGGUAAGGAUAAAAAUGGUUCAAUCAAAACCAAUGGAAACUUGAAUGGUGAUGGAGAAGAAGAUGAUGCCGAAGGAGAAGAAGAGUGA